AUGACACGCCAGUCUGCGCGCACGAGCGCGCCAGCGAGUCCAGGUGUUACGACACGAAGUUCUGGGACGCCUGUGACGGACGCCGCGCUGCCCGAACGUAAGCGACGCCGCGUUGAAGAGCACACCCGAGUCGUAGUUGAUGAUGGUCAAGGCGGAGAAGAAGAUGUUGAAUGGUUCAAGUCCACAGCUGAGAGUGACGGGUUCGAGUCCCUGGACGGGUUCAAGUCCCCGGCUGACGGCAGCCAGUACACCGGGUUCGAGUCUCUGCCAAGCAACAACGGGUUCAAGUCCCUCAGUGGGUUCAAGUCCCUGACGCAGAGCUCGGGUUCAAGUCCUGACUUUGGAGGACGUGUGGUGCGCCUGGGAUAUCGACUGUCUGCGCGCACGAGCGCGCCAGCGAGUCCAGGUGUUACGACACGAAGUUCUGGGACGCCUGUGACGGACGCCGCGCUGCCCGAACGUAAGCGACGCCGCGUUGAAGAGCACACCCGAGUCGUAGUUGAUGAUGGUCAAGGCGGAGAAGAAGAUGUUGAAUGGUUCAAGUCCACAGCUGAGAGUGACGGGUUCGAGUCCCUGGACGGGUUCAAGUCCCCGGCUGACGGCAGCCAGUACACCGGGUUCGAGUCUCUGCCAAGCAACAACGGGUUCAAGUCCCUCCGUGGGUCCGAGUCUCUGCCAAGCAACAACGGGUUCAAGUCCCUCCGUGGGUCCGAGUCCCUGCAGAGCAGCGACGGGUUCAAGUCCCUCAGUGGGUUCAAGUCCCUGACGCAGAGCUCGGGUUCAAGUCCUGACUUUGGAGGACGUGUGGUGCGCCUGGGAUAUCGACUGUCUGCGCGCACGAGCGCGCCAGCGAGUCCAGGUGUUACGACACGAAGUUCUGGGACGCCUGUGACGGACGCCGCGCUGCCCGAACGUAAGCGACGCCGCGUUGAAGAGCACACCCGAGUCGUAGUUGAUGAUGGUCAAGGCGGAGAAGAAGAUGUUGAAUGGUUCAAGUCCACAGCUGAGAGUGACGGGUUCGAGUCCCUGGACGGGUUCAAGUCCCCGGCUGACGGCAGCCAGUACACCGGGUUCGAGUCUCUGCCAAGCAACAACGGGUUCAAGUCCCUCCGUGGGUCCGAGUCCCUGCAGAGCAGCGACGGGUUCAAGUCCCUCAGUGGGUUCAAGUCCCUGACGCAGAGCUCGGGUUCAAGUCCUGACUUUGGAGGACGUGUGGUGCGCCUGGGAUAUCGACUGUCUGCGCGCACGAGCGCGCCAGCGAGUCCAGGUGUUACGACACGAAGUUCUGGGACGCCUGUGACGGACGCCGCGCUGCCCGAACGUAAGCGACGCCGCGUUGAAGAGCACACCCGAGUCGUAGUUGAUGAUGGUCAAGGCGGAGAAGAAGAUGUUGAAUGGUUCAAGUCCACAGCUGAGAGUGACGGGUUCGAGUCCCUGGACGGGUUCAAGUCCCCGGCUGACGGCAGCCAGUACACCGGGUUCGAGUCUCUGCCAAGCAACAACGGGUUCAAGUCCCUCAGUGGGUUCAAGUCCCUGACGCAGAGCUCGGGUUCAAGUCCUGACUUUGGAGGACGUGUGGUGCGCCUGGGAUAUCGACUGUCUGCGCGCACGAGCGCGCCAGCGAGUCCAGGUGUUACGACACGAAGUUCUGGGACGCCUGUGACGGACGCCGCGCUGCCCGAACGUAAGCGACGCCGCGUUGAAGAGCACACCCGAGUCGUAGUUGAUGAUGGUCAAGGCGGAGAAGAAGAUGUUGAAUGGUUCAAGUCCACAGCUGAGAGUGACGGGUUCGAGUCCCUGGACGGGUUCAAGUCCCCGGCUGACGGCAGCCAGUACACCGGGUUCGAGUCUCUGCCAAGCAACAACGGGUUCAAGUCCCUCCGUGGGUCCGAGUCUCUGCCAAGCAACAACGGGUUCAAGUCCCUCCGUGGGUCCGAGUCCCUGCAGAGCAGCGACGGGUUCAAGUCCCUCAGUGGGUUCAAGUCCCUGACGCAGAGCUCGGGUUCAAGUCCUGACUUUGGAGGACGUGUGGUCCGCCUGGGAUAUCGACUGUCUGCGCGCACGAGCGCGCCAGCGAGUCCAGGUGUUACGACACGAAGUUCUGGGACGCCUGUGACGGACGCCGCGCUGCCCGAACGUAAGCGACGCCGCGUUGAAGAGCACACCCGAGUCGUAGUUGAUGAUGGUCAAGGCGGAGAAGAAGAUGUUGAAUGGUUCAAGUCCACAGCUGAGAGUGACGGGUUCGAGUCCCUGGACGGGUUCAAGUCCCCGGCUGACGGCAGCCAGUACACCGGGUUCGAGUCUCUGCCAAGCAACAACGGGUUCAAGUCCCUCCGUGGGUCCGAGUCCCUGCAGAGCAGCGACGGGUUCAAGUCCCUCAGUGGGUUCAAGUCCCUGACGCAGAGCUCGGGUUCAAGUCCUGACUUUGGAGGACGUGUGGUGCGCCUGGGAUAUCGACUGUCUGCGCGCACGAGCGCGCCAGCGAGUCCAGGUGUUACGACACGAAGUUCUGGGACGCCUGUGACGGACGCCGCGCUGCCCGAACGUAAGCGACGCCGCGUUGAAGAGCACACCCGAGUCGUAGUUGAUGAUGGUCAAGGCGGAGAAGAAGAUGUUGAAUGGUUCAAGUCCACAGCUGAGAGUGACGGGUUCGAGUCCCUGGACGGGUUCAAGUCCCCGGCUGACGGCAGCCAGUACACCGGGUUCGAGUCUCUGCCAAGCAACAACGGGUUCAAGUCCCUCCGUGGGUCCGAGUCCCUGCAGAGCAGCGACGGGUUCAAGUCCCUCAGUGGGUUCAAGUCCCUGACGCAGAGCUCGGGUUCAAGUCCUGACUUUGGAGGACGUGUGGUGCGCCUGGGAUAUCGACUGUCUGCGCGCACGAGCGCGCCAGCGAGUCCAGGUGUUACGACACGAAGUUCUGGGACGCCUGUGACGGACGCCGCGCUGCCCGAACGUAAGCGACGCCGCGUUGAAGAGCACACCCGAGUCGUAGUUGAUGAUGGUCAAGGCGGAGAAGAAGAUGUUGAAUGGUUCAAGUCCACAGCUGAGAGUGACGGGUUCGAGUCCCUGGACGGGUUCAAGUCCCCGGCUGACGGCAGCCAGUACACCGGGUUCGAGUCUCUGCCAAGCAACAACGGGUUCAAGUCCCUCAGUGGGUUCAAGUCCCUGACGCAGAGCUCGGGUUCAAGUCCUGACUUUGGAGGACGUGUGGUGCGCCUGGGAUAUCGACUGUCUGCGCGCACGAGCGCGCCAGCGAGUCCAGGUGUUACGACACGAAGUUCUGGGACGCCUGUGACGGACGCCGCGCUGCCCGAACGUAAGCGACGCCGCGUUGAAGAGCACACCCGAGUCGUAGUUGAUGAUGGUCAAGGCGGAGAAGAAGAUGUUGAAUGGUUCAAGUCCACAGCUGAGAGUGACGGGUUCGAGUCCCUGGACGGGUUCAAGUCCCCGGCUGACGGCAGCCAGUACACCGGGUUCGAGUCUCUGCCAAGCAACAACGGGUUCAAGUCCCUCAGUGGGUUCAAGUCCCUGACGCAGAGCUCGGGUUCAAGUCCUGACUUUGGAGGACGUGUGGUGCGCCUGGGAUAUCGACUGUCUGCGCGCACGAGCGCGCCAGCGAGUCCAGGUGUUACGACACGAAGUUCUGGGACGCCUGUGACGGACGCCGCGCUGCCCGAACGUAAGCGACGCCGCGUUGAAGAGCACACCCGAGUCGUAGUUGAUGAUGGUCAAGGCGGAGAAGAAGAUGUUGAAUGGUUCAAGUCCACAGCUGAGAGUGACGGGUUCGAGUCCCUGGACGGGUUCAAGUCCCCGGCUGACGGCAGCCAGUACACCGGGUUCGAGUCUCUGCCAAGCAACAACGGGUUCAAGUCCCUCCGUGGGUCCGAGUCUCUGCCAAGCAACAACGGGUUCAAGUCCCUCCGUGGGUUCAAGUCCCUGACGCAGAGCUCGGGUUCAAGUCCUGACUUUGGAGGACGUGUGGUGCGCCUGGGAUAUCGACUGUCUGCGCGCACGAGCGCGCCAGCGAGUCCAGGUGUUACGACACGAAGUUCUGGGACGCCUGUGACGGACGCCGCGCUGCCCGAACGUAAGCGACGCCGCGUUGAAGAGCACACCCGAGUCGUAGUUGAUGAUGGUCAAGGCGGAGAAGAAGAUGUUGAAUGGUUCAAGUCCACAGCUGAGAGUGACGGGUUCGAGUCCCUGGACGGGUUCAAGUCCCCGGCUGACGGCAGCCAGUACACCGGGUUCGAGUCUCUGCCAAGCAACAACGGGUUCAAGUCCCUCCGUGGGUCCGAGUCCCUGCAGAGCAGCGACGGGUUCAAGUCCCUCAGUGGGUUCAAGUCCCUGACGCAGAGCUCGGGUUCAAGUCCUGACUUUGGAGGACGUGUGGUGCGCCUGGGAUAUCGACUGUCUGCGCGCACGAGCGCGCCAGCGAGUCCAGGUGUUACGACACGAAGUUCUGGGACGCCUGUGACGGACGCCGCGCUGCCCGAACGUAAGCGACGCCGCGUUGAAGAGCACACCCGAGUCGUAGUUGAUGAUGGUCAAGGCGGAGAAGAAGAUGUUGAAUGGUUCAAGUCCACAGCUGAGAGUGACGGGUUCGAGUCCCUGGACGGGUUCAAGUCCCCGGCUGACGGCAGCCAGUACACCGGGUUCGAGUCUCUGCCAAGCAACAACGGGUUCAAGUCCCUCCGUGGGUCCGAGUCCCUGCAGAGCAGCGACGGGUUCAAGUCCCUCAGUGGGUUCAAGUCCCUGACGCAGAGCUCGGGUUCAAGUCCUGACUUUGGAGGACGUGUGGUGCGCCUGGGAUAUCGACUGUCUGCGCGCACGAGCGCGCCAGCGAGUCCAGGUGUUACGACACGAAGUUCUGGGACGCCUGUGACGGACGCCGCGCUGCCCGAACGUAAGCGACGCCGCGUUGAAGAGCACACCCGAGUCGUAGUUGAUGAUGGUCAAGGCGGAGAAGAAGAUGUUGAAGUAAGCACUUCGGUGAUUACAGCGGAUGAGGGUUACCAGCGCCUGCGUCGCACGCCCACAAGUGGUUCAAGUCCACAGCUGAGAGUGACGGGUUCGAGUCCCUGGACGGGUUCAAGUCCCCGGCUGACGGCAGUGGGUCAAGUCGACGGGUUCGAGUCCCCGGAGAGCAACAGGUUCCAGCCCCAAGGCACGACAGCAGGAUCAAGCCCUUGA